AUGACCAGCGAUGCGUUCCUGGGCAGCGCCUGCUGCUGCAUCCCGCGGCGCCGGUUCCUGCUGCUCCUGGCUCUGGCGUUUUGCGCCUACGGCGUCGUUGACGCCAUCUAUUGGAUCCUCUUCCGGGGCAUUCUCGGAGACCAGCCGCUCACGCCGCACCACGCCUGCUCUGGGCACAGGUGCCUCCAGUUCCUCACCUGCGCCGGCAUGCGCCGCAGCUCCUACAUGUGGCGCAAGGUCUGCCUGACCUUGGGCAGCGCGGCAUUUGGCGCUGUAGGCGCGUUGGGCGCUGCGUACAGCCACCCCGGGGAGCUGCGCGGGUUCGGUGGCUUCCUGGUCGCAGUGGCAGUGCUGUUGGUUAUCAUUGUGUCUUACGACGGCGUGUACACAGCGACUUGUGGCGAGUAUCCCUUCAACGUGGUGAACGAUGCCCUCAUGUGGCCCGUACCGCAGUGGCCGGUUCAGAAUGGAAUAAAGUACGAAGUUGUCGUCUAUUCAGAGGUGUACCCCGUAGAAAUUGUUAACAGGCUGACGCAACUCAACGUUUGGUGGUUGUACGUCUUCUUCCAGAUGGCUGCGGCUCUUUUCUGCUGGUACGUGGCCCAACUGGCUUUCGAGAUGGCCGACGCCAUCCAUUGGGGCGUUGCUGGCAUGGGCCCCACUUUCGACAUGGCCGGCUGGCACGACCUCAAGCUACAGGAGCAAGAGGCGCCCCGCUCCCUGCCCGUGGUGGGCGGCCCCCGGGGACCCAGGGAGCACCCGGAGCGGUCGAAGAGCAGCGAUGGGCGGGCAGGGGGGAGCCCUCUGGUGAAGGAUGCGCGACGCCGGAGGUUUGCGUCGGGCCCGUCCUUCUACAGGGGGGACAUCACAAGAACAGGAGCGAGCAUCGGGCGAGGGGGGCCGUUGGUCCGGCCCGCCGUCGCCUUUUUUUGGUGCUCGCGCAAGCCCGAGGACGUGCUGCUGGACAGCCUCUGCGCGGACCUAGGAGCGGUCGCAGGCCUGCGGGGCGGCGCGGGGUGCCCCUCGCGCGCGCGGCAGGCCCACCCCGGGGGGCGCCAGAACCUGAACCUGCGCACGGCCAUGCUCCUCAGUGAGCCCGAGGCUGCCGCGGUCAGUCUCGCGCUUCAAGACGAGCAGGCCUUCCGGCUGGACGCACCCUCUCCACCAGCGAGUUUAGGCUGCGAGACCGCCCAGGCCAGCGAGUCCGACUCCGACUGGGACCGCGAGGAGGGCGACGCGGAGGGCCCCGCCCUGCCGCAGGCGGCCCGCAGAGGGCCCAGGGGCGAAGCGGAGGACGAGGACGCGCUGCAGCGCACGAGCUCCACCGGGAGCUCCAGCCGCCUGCAGCUCCACCGGAGCCACAGCGCGACGUUCGCCGUGAGCAACUUCGCGGGAUCACCAGUGGAGCAGCUCUCCCGCGUGUUGGCCGCGGACGAGGAGGCGCAGGCCCGCAUGCUGCAGUGCCGGGGCAUCCGGGACCCGGAGUUCGUGGCGCGGCUGCGGAGGAGUUGCACGCUGUGCCAGCGCGCGGCGCUGCUGUACCCGAGGAACUCCGAGCUGGCGGUCUCGUUCAACGGGGGCAAGGACGCCUGCGUGGUGCUCUACCUGUGGCUGGCCUCGCUCGCGGCUGCCGCGGGCCGCUGCCAGGACGAGCAGGGCGGCGCCGCGAAGGCCGCGGCGGCGGACCCGGCCGCCCACGGCGCGCCCGGGGACGCCCUGCCGCCGCCGACCGCCUCGUUCUCCUCGGCGGACUCGGCGAGGGGGCAGACGGUGAUCUUCUUCGACUCGCCCCAGGAGUUCCCCGAGGUGCGCUCCUUUGUCGCAUGGGUGGUCCGCAGCCUGGGCCUGCACGAGGUCAAAGUGGAAAGCUCGACCUUCAAGCGCGGGAUGGGCGAUCUCGUGGACGAUGGCCUGAGGGCGGUGGUCAUGGGCCAGAGGCGGGGCGACCCCUGGACCGAGAAGGUGGACGUCUUCUCGCCCUCCGACCAGGGGUGGCCAGCCUUCAUGCGGGUCAACCCCAUCCUCGAGUGGUCCUACAAGAACGUGUGGAUGUUCUUGAGGGCCUUCGACCUGCCCUAUUGCAUCCUUUACGACGAAGGCUACACGUCUGUUGGGACCGUGGAGAACACCGUCAAGAACCCGGCAUUGCUGCGGUCCGACGGCUCCUACGCCCCGGCGCACGAGCUGGUGGACGGCACGCUGGAGCGCUCGGGCAGGGGGGCCAAGGCGCAGGCCUCCGCCAGCAGCAGCGCCAAGCAGGCGCAGAACGCGGAGCAGCUCGACGCGGCCGCCGCCGUCUUCUCGCCCACGCUGCGGGCGUUCAAAAGCUCCCUGAAGAUCACGCCGCCCCGCACGGCGGGCUUGAUCGUCAUCGGGAACGAGCUCCUCAGCGGCAAGGUGCUUGACGCCAACGCGCACUACGCGUGCGGCGAGCUGCGGUCACGGGGCGUCUUCGUGAAGUCCACCGAGGUUGUGCCCGACGACAUCGAAGCCAUCGCGCGCAGCGUCAGCAGGAUGGCCGCUCGGUGUGAUUUCGUGUUUUCCUCCGGGGGCCUGGGCCCCACCCACGACGACGUCACCAUGGCGGGCAUCGCCAGGGCGUUCGACACCGAGCUGGUCCCCGACGAGCGCUUCCGGGCGAUGCUGGAGGACCACUUCGCGGCCUCCUCGGGGGCAGGCGGCAGCUUCGCGGCCGGCGACCUCGCGAGGCAGGUGUCGGGCGAGCGCGGGCGGGAGGCCGCCUGCAGCAAGAUGGCCCUGUUUCCGGAGGGGGCGAGGGUGGAGUGGCCCGCGGACGACAAUCCGUGGCCCCUCGUCUCCAUGCGGAACGUCUACAUUUUCGCGGGCAACCCGAAAACCUUCCGGUGCAUGUUCCAGCGGGCCGCACGCGACGGCCGAUUCGAGGGCCCGCAGCGGCCCCUGUCGCACCUGCUGUGGCUGGACGCGGGCGAGGAGGAGGUGCUCGGCGAGCUGCAGGGGACGGUGGACGCCUUCCCCUUCGUGGAGAUCGGGUCUUACCCCUCCACGGACAGCGCUCCCGGCAGGCGGCGCCUGAAGCUCUCGCUGGACUCCUUCGACGCCCAGGAGCUGCAGGCGGCCCGGCUGGCGCUGGUCUCCGCGCUGCCCCCCGGCGUGCUGGUGGACGAGGAGGGGGCCGCAGGCCGCGGCCUCCCGCCCGAGCUGCCCCCCGCCGCGGCGGUCUGA